CUAAUUAAAAUACUUACAACACACGACUGUCUUCUUCCUCCCACUUCGAAUUUCACUCAAACCCACAAUAUUUCUCUAUUGCGUGAAAUACCCAAAUUUCGAUUUCACUCAUAUCUCGCCGCUGCUGCGCCACCAAUAUCCCGCAGGCCGCUGCUGCGCCGUCGUCUCUGUUUUGCAUUUUUUGGGGAAUUUGAAUUUUGCCCUAACCGCUCACAGCCCCCCCCCCCCCCCCCCCCCCGCGGCGUGCAGUUCAAUCCGUUCCCUCCGCCGUUCAAACUUUGAAUUCGCCGUUCAAUCCGCUCACAGACCCUCAAUCCGCCGACGAUGUCCAGUUCAAGCUCGUUCGCCGAUUGAAACAAUUAAAGUGUUUCAAGUCCUCCGCUGCCUCCGACGAUUGAAACAAUUAAAUAGGACGCCGUCGGAUUUGGUCACCCACACCGCUGCCAAGCCCUCUGCCGCCGCCGUCGGAUUCCGCCGCUGCCAAACUCGUGGGCUAAGAGCUGGACAAGUAGGAGCAAAGAAGGGGAUAAGUUUUGUUGAGGUUCCUUUGGAUGUUAUUCGUGGCCCCUUAGUGGAUGAAGUGCAUCAGCAACUUAAUACUUGAUAAUCGUGUCACUACAUCUUAAUGUAUUCUAGUUCAAUGUUGCUUAAUGUAUAUUUGGUGUUAAUGCAAACUGGUGAUGCACAACUAGAAAUGAGAGGAAGGUGUAGUGUCGGUCAAAAGGUUCUUGCUUCACUUAUCAUAAGAUUGGCAGUAGCGGAAACCUUUUGCCUUAAUGGCGGAAUACUUGCACUGGAUGAACCAACCACAAACUUGGAUGGCCCCAACUCUGAGUCUUGUAACAGCUUUACUUAUGGGUCCAACCUAUGGUUACAGGGGAAAGGUGUUGCUUGCUUUUGAGGAUAAUGACUCUUCCAAAAUUGGUGUUAGAUUUGAUAGGACUUUUCAUUUAUAUCGAAUUGCAUUUUGGAUUGUUUAGUUAUUGAAAUGUUGAAUUCAUAUAUCAAAAGAAUAUGAUAUGAUUGUAUUUGUACAGUAAGUGCCUUUAUAUAGUAAUUUUGGGGCAUAAAAUUUUUAAUACUACGGAUAAUAGUAUUUCUAA